AACCUCCGAUAAGGCUAAGAGACCUUUUCGCUAAUUCAACACAUUCUGCUCCGCCUUGGUGUACUCAACUACAGCCAUCGGCGUCCUGAGCAUCUCUCCGCCGCAUUCGAUACCCCGCUACGAUGACAAUCUCCGAUGAUCCGAGCCAGCUCAAGCACGAAGACCUCGAGGAACUCCUCAAGAAUGAUACCAGCGUCAAGGUCGCCGGCGUGGACAUUGACGGCCAGCUGCGCGGCAAGCUGAUGUCCAAGAAGAAGUUCCUCUCCAUUGCGAAAUCUGGAUUCGGGUUCUGUUCGGUCAUCUUUGGCUGGGAUAUGCACGAUCAGACUUAUUUCAAAGAGUUGAAGAUUAGCAACAGUGAGAAUGGAUACAGAGAUAUCUUGGCCGAGGUGGACUUGAGCAGUUUCAGGAGGAUUCCGUGGGAGAAGGAUGUUGCAUUUUUCCUGUGCAGCUUCCGUGAGCCCGAGGGACAGAGCUUGAGCGCUUGUCCGCGGAGCCUGCUUGAGAGGGCGGUGCAGAAGAUCUCGGCGAAGGGUAUGGGCGCGCUUGCAGGAGCGGAGUAUGAGUUCUUCACAUUCCGAGCACCGGACGCUCGCCAUGCAUCGGCCGCCAAUGACGACCGCAACUCGAGCGCGACAUCGACUUUCCUCCAGAACAAUCCCGUCAACAGCCUUCCAAGCUUGGAAUCAGGCAUGUUCGGCUACUCCAUCACUCGACCUGUACACAACCAAGAAUGGUACUACGGAAUCUACGACGCAUGUCAAAAGUUCCGUUGCGAUAUUGAAGGAUGGCACACGGAGAGCGGACCGGGCGUAUACGAGGCUGCAUUGGAAUAUGGCGAGAUCAGACAAAUGGCCGAUCGAGCGGCAUUAUUCAAGUUGACGGUCAAGAACAUGAGCUCCAAGUACGGCAUUACACCAUGCUUCAUGGCUAAACCAAGAGAAGGUCUACCAGGUAACAGCGGACACAUGCAUGUCUCUCUCAAGGACAACGAAACUGGCAAGAAUCUGUUCGUUAGGGAGGAGGCAGAUCCAAAUCCACCUUAUCCGGACCUGGCAUACGUCUCGGACAUUGGUAGGCAAUUUCUUGCUGGGUUACUCGAUGGUCUACCAGAUGUCAUGCCGCUUGUGGCUCCUACAGUGAACAGCUACAAGCGGCUGGUGGAGAACUUCUGGGCGCCAGUCACAGUUUCGUGGGGACUAGAGCACCGUGCUGCUUCAAUUCGAUUGAUCGCACCGCCAACAUCCCCUGCGAAGGGAACGAGGUUUGAAGUUCGAGUGCCCGGAGCGGAUACCAAUGCUUACCUCGUGCUGUCUGCGAUUCUCGCGCUCGGCUACAGAGGCAUCGAGAAGAAGAUGGAGAUUCCGGUUCCACCGCUCGGCAAAGGACAGGACGUCGGAGGAGCUGCUGACAAGGGUCAAAGGCUGGCAAAGAGCCUGAAGGAGGCUACCGCGCGGUUUGCCCGAAAGGACAGCGUUGCGCGGGAAGUAUUUGGAGAUGACUUUGUUGAUCAUUUCGCCGGGACGAGGGAGCAUGAGGUCCGACUUUGGGAUGAGGCGGUGACUGAUUGGGAGGUGAAGAGAUAUAUUGAGACAGUCUAG